AUGACGGUGCGGAGGGGUAAGAAGCUCAGCAUCACCAUCCAGGAGCACAUGGCCAUCGAUGUUUGCCCCGGUCCAAUCAGACCGAUCCAACAGAUCUCCGCCUACUUCCCCCGCCUCUCUCCCACUUCCCCCACCCCCGUGUCCCCUAACCCCGCCUCCUCACCGCUGUCGCUGAGCCCCGGCGUUGUGGCGCCUGGGAUGGGCGGGGCCAACCUGCUGUCCCCAGUGUUGGCUCAGGGGCGGGGCCAGGGUUGGGGGGGCGGAGCCGGAUCAUUGUCGUUGACCAGCAGCGUGGACACGUCGGUGGAGAUGAACAGUGACGACAGCGACGACUGCACUGCUUUGGGAACGUUGGAGUUUGAACUGAGAUACGAACAGAGCAACAGUGAACUGCACUGCACUGUACUGAGAGCCAAGGGUUUGAAGCCGAUGGACUUUAACGGUUUGGCCGAUCCAUACGUUAAACUGCACCUUCUACCUGGAGCCUGCAAGGCCAAUAAGUUGAAGACCAAGACGAUCCGAAACUGUCUGAACCCGGUUUGGAAUGAAACGUUGACGUAUGUUGGAAUCACAGAAGAAGACAUGCACCGUAAAACCCUAAGGUUAUCGGUGUGUGACGAAGACAAACUGACUCAUAAUGAGUUAAUCGGAGAAUCCAGAGUGGCUUUAAAACGAGUGAAACCGAAUCAGACCAAACACUUCCACACCUGUCUGGAGCACCCGCCCCCGGUUCCGUCGCCGACCGCCAUGGGUGAAGCCCUACGAGGAAUAUCCUGUUAUCUACGAGAGUGGGAGAACGAGCAGCUCCACAGUCUAGAGGAACGAGGUCGUCUUCUUCUGUCUCUUCAGUUUCUUCCUCCAGAGGACACGGAUGUGGAUGGCGGUGGGGGGGGUGACGUCCGUCGUACCGGGGGGCUCUACGUCGGCGUGAAACGCUGUGCUCACCUGGCGGCAAUGGACGUCAAUGGCUUCUCUGACCCCUACGUCAAGAUAUAUUUGAAACCAGAUUCACAGAAGAAAUCCAAACACAAAACAGCAGUGAUGAAGAAGACGCUGAACCCAGAGUUCAACCAGGAGUUCUUCUACGACAUUUCUCUUUCUGAACUGUCCAGUAAGACGCUGGAGGUGACGGUGUGGGACUACGACCUGGGACGCUCCAAUGACUUCAUAGGGGGCGUGUGUCUGGGCUGUCAGUCUCAGGGUGAUGCGCUCCGUCAUUGGAUGGAGUGUCUGAAGAACAAAGGGCAGCGGGUGGAGCGAUGGCACAUCCUGACCAAUGAGCUGCCUCGAACCGUCGCCCACGAAUAAACCCCGCCUUCUUCCACCACGCAUCAGACAGACGCCGACGCCACCGGGGGUCACAUGGUUCACGAAGACCCGGUGGUUUGUUCAUGGACUCCAGUCCUUUCAUAAGAACUAGAACCAAACAGAGCAUGAGUCACUAAUACAACGACCGACAAAGAACCGACGAGAACUGACGGAGAACUGAUGGAGAACCAAUAAACAGACGGAGAACAGACGAGAACCAACAACCAACUGAAAACUGACGAGAACCAAACAGAGCAUGAGUCAUUAAUACGACUGACGGAGAACCGACCAGAACCAAUGGAGAACUGACAGAGAACUGACAAACAGACGGAGAACCGAUGAGAACGGAGUGGUGCCUUCUAAAACUGAAAUGAACUAAAAUCUAAACUAAAUUAAACUAAACUAAACUAAACUGAACUAAAUUAAGUUAAACUAAAUUAAACUUAAUUAAAUUAAACUAAACUCAGCGGUGUUUUACUGUCGUUAAACAUCUGUCUCCGUUAAAUAAAUCGUAGACUAAGCGAUUGCGAACUUUUAACAUAAAUGCGACUUUUACUUGAAAAGGUUCAAAAUGCAAAGUUCUUCUUUCUGCGACUCUGAAGUUAAAGCUGGUUCUGUUUUUGUAAAUUCUUCAUUUUCAUCAUAUCAUCGUCAUAAAUGACGCAUGUUUCUAUCAGGAGUGGGUGGAGCCUAAAGCACAGAAACCAUGACGACAGCCAAGCUCCGCCUCUUAUUUACCAGCAUGAACAGUUUGCCAAAGCAUGUUGGACGUUUACAUGUAAAUAGAAUCAAACUCACUGGUUCAAUGCGUUUCAGUCACGAUUACAUUCAAUGGCAGAAACACAACAUUUUGUUGGUUCCUGCGACUCUUUUGUAUUUGUUUUUGUAAAAUACGUUUGAUGUGUGAAACGUUCAGGGUUUCAGGCGGAGGUUAGCGGAGGUUUAACGGUGCUAAUGGUGUUUCAGUGAUGACGUUUGAUGACAAAAAGAAACGAUAAAAUAAAUAAAUAAACAAAACAAAACCAUGAACCGGCGUCGUCCGUGAUACGGAGGAAAAAAAGACUGAUUCAACAAAUACAUUUAGCCACAUAAAUAUGAACGAAAAUAUUUAUUUAAACAUUUAGAACAAAUUAUGGAACGUGUUUGAAAAGAAGCAA